AUGGAAGGAGACUUUGAAAGCACUGAUAACACUUACAACCUCACUUGUCAUGAAGGGAGAGAUACUCCAGUCAAGAAGGCAUCCAAGUCAUUUAAGGAAGUGAAGUCUUCGGUUCGGCCGAGAAAAAGGAUGUACCAGUGUGACAAGUGUGAGGUUUCAGUGUCGUACUUGGAGUCCCUGAAGAUGCAUGAAGAAGUGUUCCAUGGGGUUGUGUACCAAGGUGAGAAGGCGGAUCAGUGUGAAGUGUGUGAAAUGAGGUUUCACACCCGCCAUCACUUAGACCUCCAUGUGAAAGUUAACCAUGAUAACGGUGUUGUGAAUAAUCAAGAAAAAUCUUACCGUUGUGAGAUGUGUAAAAGAUCCUUUGAGACUAUAGCUGGCUUAGAAGAACAUUUAAAUACACACAAAGGGCAAAUGUUUAUUUGUAGUAUUUGUGGACAGUAUUUCAGUCGCUCUUACUCUUUGAAACUACACAAAAAAUCUGUACAUUUGGGUCUGAAAAGUACGAAAAUAUCCGACAAAAUGCUUCCAAAACGAUACUUCUGUAAUUUCUGUGGUCACGGGUUCAAGAGAUCUCAAAAUCUUGAAGAUCACAUAGCCGUAAAGCAUGACAGGUCAUUGCUGAAGUAUUCAUGUGACCAGUGUCCAGAACGGUUUGUUCGUCCGCACAGCCUCGAAUACCAUGUUAACAGAGUGCAUAACAAAAAAAGGCCGUAUCAAUGUAAGAAUUGUAAGCGAGACUUCUUCUCAAAGGUUGCCAUGUCCAAACACGUAGUGAUGUGUACAAAAAAUGAAAGCGAGCAGUUUGCGUGUGAGGAAUGCGGACAGCUUUUCAAAACAUCUCAGAACUUAAACAUGCACAGAGAAGCUAUGCAUUCUAAGAAUCUUCUAACCUGUGAGUGUGGAACUGUUGUACGCUGGAGGUCUUCCAUGGCCAAGCACCGAAGAAAAUGUCGACUCAAUCCAGAAAACUCUGAUAUAAAUGCAAAGGCAGGAUUAAAACAAAAUCAAUCAAAAAAUAGCUUUGUGUUGAAUGAUGUCAAUGCUCAGUUAAGGGACACUGUUCUGCAUGAAUUCACAUUCAAAAGCAUGUCAAAUACAUCAAAUUUUAAUGAUACUUCUGGUGGAACAAGUUCAGAACUUGCUGUGUCUGAAACAGUUGUGGAAGAAUUACCGGCAGACAUUGUAGCUGAUGUAGGCCAUCUGGAGACCAUAGCUGUAAAACAAGCUGAUGGCUCAAAUGUGUUCUACAUGAUUCUGCAGAAGUAA